AUGACAUCUGGAAAAUGGUUUUUUACAAAAGACCAAUUGGUUAAUUCUCCAAGUAGAAAAUUUGGCAUCGACCAAAAUAGAGAAUUGAGUUAUAGACAGCAAUCAGCAAGUUUGAAUCACGACAUUGGUCAAAUAUUGAGAGUGUCCCAGUUGUGCAUAAAUACUGCCGUUGUCUACAUGCAUAGAUUUUACAUGUUUCAUCCAGUGACACGUUUUCAACGGUAUGGAGUAGCAUGCUCGGCAUUUCUUUUGGCAACAAAAGUUGAAGACCAGCCUAGAACAAUAAAGGACAUAAUUAAUGCUUGUAAAGUAUGCUUCAAACAAAAAAACGUUCCUUUUGAAUUCCUCGAAAAAUGUGAAGUAAACCCUGAAAGUAUACGUCUCAAUGAAGGAGUCAUAAUGGGAACAUUCGGAUUUGAUUUUACCAUUGAACAUCCUCAUAUUCACAUCAGCAAAUUUUUCGACUUAAUGAAACCGAAUCGAGACAUAUCGCGCAGCUCUCAUUUCUUGGCUACUGAGAUUAUUCAUCUUACGACAAUGUGUCUUGAGUACAGAUCAUCAGUUAUUGCGUGCCUCUGCAUUUACAUUGCAUGUAAGUGGACAGACUGGGAAAUACCAAUCAGUAUAGAUGGGAAAUAUUGGUUCUGGUACAUUGAUCCUAGUGUUACAAUCGAGUUGUUGAACGAGUUGACAAAUAUUUUUCUUGAUAUUUUUCAUAAAUCGCCGUCACGUUUCAAAAGAAUGGUGAUGAGUAUGAAAAGAAGACAAGAAAGUAUUAAUGUGGUAGCUUCUGAAACAGAGUCUGAUAUUGGGACCAAUAAGACUUUGAUUGUUGAUGGUCUACUUAAGCCAAUUAAUGGAAGCAAACCACUGAAUUCGAGUGAUGGCUUAACAAAUGCAUCUGGUACUUUAUCAAUGAGUUCGGAGCAGCAUCGUCACCGGAAACAAUCACCAGGAUUACCAGUUAUGUCAUCUAAUGGGACUAUGGAUCGAAUAGAAUUAAAAAAUGGUGAAGGAAUCAAAAUAUUGCCAAAUAAUUAUAAUUUACAGCAUUUAGAUCUUAAGCAAAUACAAAAACCAAUAGAAUCUACUGCUACCAUAGAUUUGUCACUGUCGUUGGUAGUUUAUAGUUCGGAAAUAUGUGAUAACAAUAAUAAUGAUCGUAAGCGUAUGAGAGAUUUUGAAUACUCGAGCAAUCAAGUUAGUAAAAAAACUGCGAUAUAG